CUGCGCCGUUUGGCUCGGGGCUGGCUGGCAGGAGGGUCCGGGGCGGCGCGGCCUGUCGUAGCCCGUCGCGGGAUGCUGAAGGCCAAGAUCCUGUUCGUGGGCCCCAGUGAGUCUGGAAAAUCCGUCUUGGCAAACUUUCUGUCCGAGAGCACAGAAGGCAUUAGCAGCUACGUCCCCACUCAGGGAGUGAGGAUCCUGGAAUAUGAGAAACCAAAUAUGAAUGGCAACAGUAAAGGGGCAGGGUGUCGAUUUGAGCUGUGGGAUUGUGGCGGUGAUCAAAAGUUUGAAACUUGCUGGCCAGCUCUGAUGAAAGACUCCCAUGGUGUUGUAAUAGUCUUCAACCCAGAACUGCCCAGUCACCUGAAGGAAAUUGAAAUGUGGUACUCCUGCUUUGUGCAGCAACAGCAGUUACUAGAUAGCCAGUGUCUCCUAAUUGCACACCACAAACCAGGCAGUGCAUGGGACACAGAAAACCUGUCCUUGGCUUCACCCCUGAACAGACUGAAACUAAUACACUCCAGCCUGGAAGAAGAUCCUGAGGAUGUCCGCAUGGAAUUUGUGAAAUACUUCAAAAGCAUUAUCAGCUUGCUAAAUGAGAGCAGAGACAGGGAAGAGAUGUCAAUUAUUACCUAAUCCUGGGAGAAAUACUGAAGUAAGAGAGAUACAGUACUUCUUUCAUUAUGGAAUCUGCCCAAUCCAGGAAACAGGAAUUAAUCUUCAUCUCUGGCAAAUGACAGUCCACAAACAUUUAAUGAGUUUAUUUUCCCAAAAGGAAGUAGAUGCACAAUUUAAGACUCCUUAUGAGAACCCACUACUUACUUCUGAUGAACUGCUAUCCGAAAGAGUUGCCUGUAAGUCUAGGAAUUUGGGUAACUUUAGCUGCCUCCUGGCAUUAGAUGAAGAGAACAAGAACAUAUUUUCUAAUAAAACAUUGAUCUGGAUCUGACUGUAUUUAAUCAUAAUUUUUGGUGCAGAGAUUAAGGGAAUGGUCACUUUUUUUUUUUUAAUUCACUCAUUUUAAAACAUUCUUAUUCUUUUCUAUAAGGAGCUUUUAAAAAAAAGCCCCAGCCUUCACAUAAAGUUUAUAAAUCUGUGAAGCACUUGCAUGAUGUGUCAGUGUCAGCUGUGUUGUUACAUGGAUAAGACAUGCUUUUGGAAAGGAAAUCAUUGGAAAGUAGUGGGAACAGGGAUCUGUGAAGUAGUUCACUUGUGGAAUCUGUAUUUAGUGUCCCCUACCUUUUUUCUCCAACAUGGGAAGCAAAUAUAAUAUUAUAGAUUUGUAUUCUGGUAAGAUAACAAAAAUUGCAGUCUUUUUCCUGACAAGUCUUUCUAUCCAGUUCCAAAAAACUAAGAUAUUGCUGGUGACAGUGCUAAGUCUAGUUGUAGGAGUGGGAAGGGGGUGUGCAGAGAGGGCGUUGCAGGCAGUGCAGCAGUUAGAGGAGCCAAAUGCCAAUCACCACCAUUUGAGCUUUUUGAUUGGCCGGGCCCGGGAGCCAAUUAAAAAAAAAAAAAGAAA